UGUUUUGUCUCUCUCCCCUCCCUCUCCCCGUCUCUCUCUCUUUCUCUGCCUUUUUUCUUUCCUUCUUUUUUGUUGCUAGCUGCGGGAAUUUUUUUUUUUCCCUGUCGUUCUCUCUCGGCUGGGCGAGGAGGGAUCUGUGAACAGAGACGAACCGCAGCAAGACAUGUGUCUCUGGGGAUGAUGCCUUUGCCGUUUGUGCCACCCUCCCUGUCGCCAUGACGAUGCCACUCAGCCCUCUCUCCAGUGACGAGGAACAGCAGAGGAUGCUGGGAAACAGUCAACACCUUUAUCCAGGGGCGGAGGAGGAAGAGGAGGAUGAGGAAGAAGAGGAGGAGUUAGAUGACGAAUAUCAGGAUGAAGAAGGGCAGGAGGAGGAGAAUGGAGAGCUGGAUGGAGAAGAGGAGGAUGAGGAGGAGGAGGAGGAGGUGAGAAGAGGAGGAGGGGGGCGUUUGGGGGGCAGGGAUGAGGGGCACAGGCAGAAAGGCACCAUGGCUGGACGUCCAGCAGCAGAGCGACAGAUCAGAGCCGGAAACCCCGGACACACCGCCAACCCCUACUCAUCCAACCCCGGCCCCGCCCACCAGCCCACAGCCAAUCAGCAGCAGAAACGGCUCCGAGACAGGAGCACGAGCUCCGGCCCAGACGACACUCACAUUGCCAUGAUGGUGUUCCGCAUCGGCAUCCCCGACAUCAAGCAGACGAAGUGCUUGCGGUUUAACCCUGAAGCCACGGUAUGGAAGGCGAAGCAGCAGGUGCUGUGCAGUCUGACCGAGUCUCUACGAGAUGUCCUAAACUACGGUCUCUUCCAGCCGGCCACUGAUGGACAUGACGCCAAGUUCCUGGAGGAGGAGAGGCCACUCCGAGAUUACCCACAAUCCUUUGAGAAAGGGGUGCCAUACUUGGAGUUUCGCUACAAAACCAGAGUAUACAAGCAGACAAACCUCGACGAGAAACAACUUGCCAAGCUGCACACCAAGGCCAGUCUGAAGAAGUUCAUGGACUACAUCCAAACUGGAGCUGUAGAGAAGGUCGCCAAGUUUCUGGACAAAGGGCUUGAUCCCAACUAUCAUGACCCUGAUACAGGAGAGACUCCCCUCACACUGGCUGUGCAGUGUGAGCCAGGGGCCGGGGAGGUGAUCAGGGCCCUCGUGAUGGGAGGAGCGCACAUCGACUUCAGGGCCAAAGACGGCCUCACAUCUCUGCACAAGGCCGUCCGAGCCCACGCACACACCGCCCUGCUGACUCUACUGUCUCUGGGAGCAUCUCCGGACUACAAGGACCGACGUGGGCUGACGCCGCUUUACCACACUGUGCUGACAGGGGGCGACACCUCCUGCUGCGAAACACUUCUCUAUCACAGAGCCAAGUUGGGGCUCCGGGAUGAAAAUGGCUGGGACGAGACACAUCAGGCCUGUCAGAAUGGCAACUCGCAGCACCUGGAGCAUCUCCUUUUCUACGGCGCCGACUCCUCGUCCCAGAAUGCCUCAGGAAACACUGCCUUGCACAUCUGUGCUUUAUACAACAAGGAGAGCUGUGCACGCAUCCUGCUUUACCGAGGAGCCAAAAAGGACAUGAAGAACAACAGUGGGCAGACGCCCUUCCAGGUGGCUGUGAUGUCUGGCCAUUUUGAGCUUGGAGAGAUCAUCAAAAACCAUCGGGAUUCAGACGUAGUGCCAUUUUUGGAGUCACCCAAGUAUGCCCCCCAGAGGCGGGAGAGUGGGCGAACACUCGCUUUGCCCCAUCCUCACCCCUUCCUACGGGCCAACAGCGACAACAGCAUGAAUCUUCCUGAAUGGAUGGCCUUUCCCAAUGCUGCCGGCUCCAACAUCGUCUCUGUGCAGGGUCUGAAACACGGUGGAACUCUGCGCAGCUCCAGUAGCCCCCGUGGAGCCCGGACUCGCUCUCCCUCCCGUGGCCGAACAGGAGACAGAGAGGAUCGCAGCCGACAGACCCGUGGGAGACAGGGGCCCGGCUCUAUCAGCAGUCAGGGAGCAGCCCCAGGGCAGCGGAGGCGUCUGUACAGCGCCGUCCCGGGUCGAGUGUUUGUUGCCACGCGCUCAUACUCGGCACAGGGGGAGCGCGAGAUCAGCUUCAACAAAGGAGACAAAGUCAAAGUGCUGAGUGUCGGUGAGGGCGGUUACUGGGAGGGAACAGUACGAGGAAGGACGGGCUGGUUUCCCUCAGACUGUGUGGAGGAGGUAGCUCCCCGCAGCCUGGACCACCGCUCAGAAAGCCGGAGUGAGAAAGCCAAGCGGCUCUUCCGCCACUACACUGUGGGAUCCUACGACAGCUUUGACGCACCCAGUGACUACAUAAUCAAGGAGAAAACAGUGCUCCUGCAGAAAAAAGACAGUGAGGGUUUUGGCUUUGUGCUGAGAGGGGCCAAAGCUCAGACCCCUAUAGAAGAGUUCACACCCACCCCAGCCUUUCCAGCAUUGCAGUACCUUGAAUCUGUUGACGAGGGAGGCGUGGCCUGGAGAGCUGGACUACGAAUGGGUGACUUCCUGAUUGAGGUGAACGGUCAGAAUGUGGUGAAGGUCGGGCACAGACAGGUGGUCAACAUGAUCCGGCAAGGCGGCAACAGCCUCAUGGUGAAGGUUGUCAUGGUAACUCGAAACCCCGACAUGGAGGAGGGAUCGAGAAAGAAAAUCCCACAGCAGAGUAAGAGGCUGAGCACACCGGCUAUUGCUCUGCGAUCCAAGUCCAUGACCUCGGAGCUGGAGGAAAUGGUCGACAGAGCUUCAGCCCCAUGGAAAAAAAAAUCAGAGUUCGAAUCCUCACAAGCUACAGAGAAGAAGAGGACAGUCUAUCAGAUGGCUUUGAAUAAACUGGAUGAGAUUUUAGCCGCAGCACAGCAGACCAUCAGCACCAACGAGACACCAGUACCACGGGCUCAGGGGGCAAAGAGGGAGAGAGGCAGAGGCUUUUACAAUGAGACAAAUUACGACCAAUCAGGGAUGGGGUUGACGUCGUCUGGGGCAGGGUUGGGCUACGACCGUGGCCCAUUUGUGUCUGGCCACGCCCCCCAGCACGGUAUGCUGCGACAGAAGUCCAUCGGGGUUCCUGAGGAGGAGAAGCAGUUCCUCCAUCCUCCAGCCAUGAAGUUUGCACGAAGCCUUUCGGUCCCUGGGCCAGACGACAUCCCCCCACCUCCAACCACGGCACCCCCUGAUCCCCCUUUCUCUUCAGCGCCCCCUCUGGGUUGGAGGGGCAAGGCAUCCCAGCAGCCCUCGGUCUCUGUGUCCCAGUCUACCUCCACUUCGACCCACUAUCAGCUUUACUCCCAGUCAUCUCACUUUGCUCACGGACCCAGAGAUAGGUCACCUGGACCCCCUACAAGCUCUGCAGCUGCAGACCAUGCAACCUCGUACUCUCAUGCCCAAUCUCACCCCUCCGUCCCCAGCAGGACUGCUUCCAGGAAGGUGAUGGGUUACACAGGAGAUUCAGCAGGGGCUGGAGGGGCAGCAGGAGCUCGAACGGCUGGUUUGAGGAGAGGCUACAGCAAUGCGGUCCCACCCACCAGUGUGGCCACAGUGAUCCCGCAGCAACAGACUGCUCAGAGCCAGCCCACAAGGACAGAGCGCGGUGCAGCAGGACCAACGUCUGCAGCUGGAGUCCCAAAAGGAGGUGUACGUAGAGGCAAGGGACCCCUGGUCAAGCAAUCUAAGGUGGAAGAUCUCCGUUCUGGCCAAGGUACGCUAGUAGGGAAAGACUCUAUUGAGAAGAGCUCCAUCCCCAUUCCUACCAUCAUUGUCAAAGCGCCCUCUACCAGCAGCAGUGGACGCAGUAGCCAAGGAAGCAGCGUGGAAGCAGAACCACCACCUCCAGGAGAAAGCGAAAUCUCCAAACCUCCUCCAGGAGCGCCACCACCUGCCCCCACCAUGCCCCCUCCUGCUCCACCCUCUGUCCCUGCUCCUCCACCCCCAUCGCUUCCACCUCUCCGUGCCCAGGAGAGCCUUGAUUUUACCAGCCAGUUUGGUGCUGCCAUUGUAGGAGCAGCCCGCAGAGAUCGCGAGCGCUUCCAUGAAGCUCGGCGUAAGAGCGCAUCUUUUUUCCUUUCAGCUGAGGAGGAAUUGGCCAGCACCACUGGAGUAGGAGGAACAGGAAGGAGCCAAGUGUCACAGCAGUCCCAGCAGCAGUCACUGAGCUCCCAGCCUUCACCUCGCCUGAGGCCCUCCAAGUCUAUAGAUGAGGGCAUGUUCUCAGGAGACACUUUCAUCCACCAUGCUCGUAGCAUGCCACCUGCCUUUGGCCUACCUGAGUACUCCACUCCCGCUCCACCAGGGGAUUACCAGCCCAAGUCUGUACCUGCUGACUUCUACUUGGGAGGCAGCCGUCAGCAGCCACAACAGCAGCAGCAGCCUCCUCCCACCACUUUCAUCCACCCACUGACAGGGAAGGUCCUGGACCCUUCAUCUCCUCUGGGACUUGCUCUGGCUGCUCGGGAGCGUGCCCUGAAGGAUGACGGGCGCAUGCGCAGGGAGAGGGGUGAGCACCACUUCAGCCGCCAGCUCUCCAGCGUGGGGGCCUUCCCUCCUUCUCACUCUGUAGCUCCAUCCUCCUCCAUCAGCUCUUCCGUCGCUCAAUCCUCCAGCUCUUCCUCAUACCUUGUCACUUCCUCUUCUUUAGCUGCCACCACCCCUUCUACCCGGCCUCCAUCACCCAGAAUCCUGAGAGGAGCAGGGGGAGGGUGGGGAGAUGAAGGAACGGCAGGGGAACGGGCUGAGAGAGAGGCAGCUGGAGCUGCACCUUCUUCCCGGGAAGGCUUAAGAGUACGAUUCUCUGAGGACAAAACAGUUCACACACACCACUACCAGUCUCAGCACUACCAGCCCACACAGAAGGAACGGGAGAGGGAGCGGCAGAGGGAGCGCUCCCGGGAACGAGAAAGGGAGAGAGAAAGGGAGCGAGAGAUGGAAAGAGUUCAGACUCAGCAGCAGCAGCAGCCACAGCCGUCCUUACAGUCAACUACUCAGCAGCCUCGAAGACCAUCGUUUUUGAGAAUGGAAAGUGAGGCUGGAGCAUAUAUCUUGUCCCUGACCCCUCCUUCUCCUCCACCCACAGCGACACGCACCCACCCAGCUGGGGCAGGGACUGCGGGUGAGGGGACCAGUGGCAUGGGCCUUAUGGUCCUUCCUCCUCCUGCUCCAUCUGUGGAUGCAGAUGACGAGUUUGUGUUUGCUGACCCUCUCCCACCUCCUCUAGAGUUUGCUAACAGUUUUGAUCGUGAAGUGGGCUAUUCUGGGAUGAUGGCUAAUAAUCUAGCUACUCGUCAGCAGCAACAGCAACAUCAUCCCCCUCCACCUCCUCCACCCCCUCCACCACCACCCCCCCAAAAAGACGCCUUCAUGACCGGCUUCCCCGCACACACACCACUGCCCUCUCCACAGGCCGGCGACUCUACCGCCUCCAGUCUCACUUCUUAUGAUAGUGAAGUGGCUAAUUUAACCCAGUCUGCCCCUUCUCCUUCUCCAUCUUCUCCCAACCCUCCCCCGCCUCCUUCGCCUUCUACCUUGCAGCCCUCUGGCCCUCCUCCACCUCCCUCUGUGUCUCCUCCUCCUCCGCCCACCUCCUACCACAGACCCUUUAGCUUAGCCCAGUCCCAUCAUCUUUACAACAACGCUCCCAUAACUGGCCGCUCUUCUUCUCCAACACCUCCGCCCAUCUCAAUCCCAGCUCCCCCCGCCUACCGGGGACCUCCUACUGCUUCUUCAGCCAGUGUCACAUCAGCCCCAUUGAGAGGCACCGCUACCCUAUCUACGACCGCAACCUGUGCCACAGCAACAACCACCACGGCUAGCUCUGCCGCUAGCAUUGCCGCUAGCACUGCCGCUAGCAUUGCCUCAAGCAUCGGCGUGACCAUGCACACCCAGCGCAUGGCAACUGUUUCCACUGUGGCCACGGGAAGUGGGAGUAGGAGGGCCAGCGCCGAGCACCACCCACCACCAACCUCAGCAUCAGGCAAAAGUGGAGAGUCCCAGGAGACUGUGGUGGACUCUGGGAUUGAGGAGCUAGACAGCCGCAGCAGCAGCGAUCACCAUCUGGACAACAUCCUAGCACUCAGUGGGAGAGAGAGGUUAGAGAGAGCGGGGAUGGGAGGUAUUGGCAUAGGAGAGAGAGGAGGAGGAGCAGUGGAGAGCGACAGGAUGAGCGGAGCAGACUUCCUGGAGUCCUACAUGAGUUACCUGGAUGGACAGACCUUUGAAAUGCACAACGCCAAAGCAGCCAGCACUGCAUCCACAUACCCUAAGACGCAGCGAUAUAGAGAGGGUAGCCGGGCGGCUGAGCUCAGAAGACAGACUAGUACAGCUCCUCCAGCGUUCCAUAGACGGCGAGAGGAAGAAGAGCCUGAAGAAGAGGAGCCAGAAGAGGGAGAGGAUGAGGACGUUGGCACUCGAGAUGGUUAUGGUAUCAGGGAAGGACAAGGAUUGGCCCGCUCAUCUGUCAUGUACUUUGACCGGCCCCGUACCCCUGAAAUGAAGCCUCUUUGGGGUGAAGGGUCAGCAGGGGCAGGGCAGGGGGUGGGGGAAAUUGGAGCUCAGACUGGGGGGACGUACCUGGAGGGGCGUAAGCUGCACCCUCCCGUGUCCAGCAUGAAGGCAAGCAUCAUCAGCGAACUGAGCACCAAGUUACAACAGAGGAGCAAAGGAAUGGAGAACUGGGGAGCACAACGGUCACUGAGCCGACACAGACACAGGUUCUCAGAGGAUUCCACAGGUGCCCUGAGCCCUCCAUCGGCUCGCUCUCCCUCUCCGUCUCCUCUUUCUCAGCCUGCUCUCUCUCCCUCUCCCACCGCCUCCUCUCAGCCUCCUCUUUACCCAGACUGGGCCCGUUCUCCAUCCCCUCAGCCCCCCACCGCCACGUCUCAACCCCCUCCGGCUCGCUCCCACUCUCCAGUCUCUCCCUCCUCCGCUUACGCCCCCUACCCAACCUCUCCCAAACACAGGCCUGUGUAUCGCACCAAAGCGUUGGAAUUUCAGUUCAUUCCUAGCCGGGAAUCUCGCAAGGCAGAGUCACAUCACUCUCAGCGCCGGCGAGCACCAAGUCCACUUAUUUCUCCCUCAGAUCGGCCCAAACUGGGACCACCUCGCCCCUCUUCCCUCCCAAUCCUUCCCACCACGCCCCUCUACAGCAGCCUCUAUGACCUCCGUGGCUCCAUCACCCCACCAUCACCUGCAAACCCUCUGGGUGACCCUUAUUUCUCCCCAUCUCCUCCUCUGUUUGCCCCGUCUGGUGCACCACCACCACCAAACUCAUCUUUGGUGGUCUCUCGCUCCCUCUCGCCCACUCACUUCCUCUCCGGGACAUCCUCCCCACCCCUCCACUCCAUCCCUCCACCCACCUGCCUCAGUUACCCCCACUUGCCCCCUCCAUCCCCCUCCAAACCCUUCGCCUCCAAGCCCCUGCCCUACUGGACCAAGUACGACGUGGCUGACUGGCUCGCCUACCUGAACCUGGCCGAGCACAGGGAGCGAUUCCUCGACAACGAAAUCGACGGCACGCACCUGCCUUCCCUCACCAAGGAGGAUUACCUGGACCUGGGCGUGACCCGGGUGGGCCACCGCAUGAAUAUAGAGAGAGCGCUCAGGAGGGUGAUGGACAGGAUGUCUAGCUCUUUCCCCGUUUCUGCUCUCUCCCCUCGGGACAGACGGACAGAGAGAACAAGGGAUGAGGGCACCCGAAGCUGAGAGGAGAGAGAAAGCGAGAGGGAGAGAAAAAGAGUGAGAGAGAGGAAAAAAAGUGGGGGGGGAGCGUGAGCACCUGCUGCUGCUAGCCAAGGCUAACCCAUUCCUGGACAAACGAACGCCAAGAGGAGCAUCAACAUCCGCCAGGAUCUCCGGUGAGGAAAGAAGAGCGAAAGCUUGGACGGAGGGAUGGAGAAAUGCGUAACGAGGGAUCAACAUGCCUAGGAUCAUCGAUAUAUCUGACCACAAUCCAGACACACCUCACACAUCCGCAGAUACAGACACACGGUACACAACCAUACUCUGUGCAUAAACAAAGAAAGGCCUGAUGUGAUUAAUGCAGAAACAGGGAAUCUUAACAACUCAGAAAAACCAACACAACAGUAACAUUACUGAGCCAAAUAUUUUGAGAGAAACAAUCGAAUGCUUUAUUGCGUUUUGUUCAUUUUUAUUUUUUUAUUUGUAAUUCUGUGAUUCGUGGUCUAAACGAUAAGGAGAGAGUGUAAGUCCUCCACGACCUUCUUUCUCUUUUUUUUCUUGGCCUUUGAGUUCCGGUCUGUGUUGCUGAUGACUAUAUGCCUUAUUCUCCCCUUUCCCAGUGGAUUUGGUGUGGUUAAUUGUUGCCUUGACCAAAAAUCCAGCUGAGAGGAGAGAAUCCGCCUGACUUCUGGCACAGCCUUCUCGGUUGGUAGAUUCUAAUCGAGGAGAGAAACUGAUCGGUGGAGGCCAAAUGUAGAGAACGAUGCGAUUGGCUUUCCUCUUGCGAGUCCUAAACAGCCGUGGCCAGUUUACUGCCUGACAUUUCCUCGGUGAGAGCGUGUCGAUGCGUGGACCCCUCUUCUGAAUGCGUGUGCGUGUGAAUGAUGAGCUGAACGGUGUUAGUAGAGGCUUGAAUGUGUUCGGUUUUUCUGUUUUUACCUCACCUGUUGGAGGCUUUUGCCGAACCUCUUUGCUUUGGUCUUGUGCUGACGUUGUAUUUCGCUAGAAAUUCUUUACCUUCUCAUGUCAUAAAAUGGCAUAUAUAUAUAUUAUAUAUAAAUAUAUAUAUAUAUCUCUAUACAGACUGGUCACUGUAUUACAAACCCGUAGCAAAAAAUAAGUGCCCAGACCAACUGAAUAGACACACACACCCUCUAACACAUACACAUACAUGUGCACACACCAUACUGACCUUUGCAUUCCACAGACACACAAAUAUGAACACACAUCUUUUAUUUAUAUUAGAAAUAUGGGACACCUAAAUCUCUAUGUAUGGAUCCGAGCUGACAAUAAAAAAAUGACGCAAAAAAACUAAAGGAAGACAUCAACAAAGAGAAA